GUUAGUCAGCCAGCCGCCUGAAUGUAGAUCCGCAUGGGCUACUAUCACGCCAAUCACUAUCACGCCAAUCGUAAGAUAAGGAUCCCAGGAUGGUGUUAGUGCAUGUCGGAUACCUGGUUCUCCCCGUAUUCGGCUCAGUAAGAAACAGAGUAUGGAGGCUGGCUCUACAUUCUGCAUUUAUCAGAUCUUUGUCGUCCCCCCAUUGUGUAGCUAAUGAUCAUCUGCUGCUGUGUGGUGUGGCGUGGCCUCUGCCUGUUCUCUGCAUUUAGCUGUAUUGUGAACCCCUUCUUCAUUUCCUCUUUCCAUCAGAAGACGACAUUGGUAUUAAAAAAACAAAGCACCCCAAUCCUCCUCCUCCCUCUCUCUUUCCUCCUCCUCCCCACUCAAGAUGUAUUCCAACCAUGUCAAGCAGUCUAAAAAAAAACAUAGCUAACAUCUUAGAGCACCUUUUUUGUCUUUGAUUUCUGUCAGAUUUGCUGUAGUAGCACCCUGAGUGGACAUUUAGCUUCCUUUUUUUUAAUUGAAUGUCAUUGUGUACCUUCCCAUCCAGUCUUUGAUAUAGACACAACAUGCUGUAAAUUCCUGUAAAGUGGAUACAUUUUUGCAUGAUCUAAAAAAAAAAAAAAAAGCAGCUGCGCUUGCAUUGUUGAACACCAGAAUUCGGCUCAUCCUCCUCCUUCACUCAAGGUGCAGUGUACAUUUCAUUGAAACAAAUUAAGGCUGCGUUCACGCUUGUGGCUUGGUACUCUGGUCAGCAAAAAAGGAUACUUGGUGCACACUUUGAUGUGGUUCGCCUAGCGUUCACACUGGUGUUUUUGUCAUGGGAUCAAAGGCUGUGUAGUAAAGUUUUGGAUUUGAUUGGAAAGCUUUCAUGAAACAAAAAUGCUGUCUGCUAGAUUGACUAUAUAGGUUAUUUGUAUAUUCUGCUAUAUUUACCAACAUAGAGUUCACCAAAAGCUUCCAAAAUGUACUUUUAAAGAGUGCUGAGGGAGAAACGGCACUUCCGACACGUUUCCUCUUACAUAUUUGUCAUUUCUGCAUUCUAGGUCCGUCACAUUUGAGCUCAGGUGAACCCGAACCGCACCAGAGUUCACUUGCAAGCGGACCCAGACCCAUCUCUGGAGCGGUUCAGGUCCACUUGUUUGUGUCCGGACGAUCGCGUUCUCAGUUACCAAACAAACUGCACUAGCAGAGCAAAUGCACCAGAGUUUUGUUUCAGCCGAACCAAAGACGACAAGCGUGAGCGCACCCUUAAAAGCAUGCCGUCAAAAUACGCUGAAAAGUGAAAGGUACGCUGCACGCGACAACCUGCCAUAACCGUCUCCAUUUUUGUGUAGUCCUUUUGUACCCCCCCUCCCACUUUUUGCAAACAAAUUGAGCUUUGAAUCACACUGAAUUGUUAGGGCUGCUCGCCCCCCCUCCCUCCACUCUCUCUUUUUUUUUGUAUAACAAAAUACAUAAACCAAGCAGGCAAAACACGCUCACUGGUGGUUCAUCACUUUCCCCCUCACUAACAAAGAGGCCAAAAUGCUAUCCAUUUCACAGGGAUGCCUAUAUUUUCCUGCACUGCUAAAAAGAGAUCCUCUAUUAGUCAAUAACGUCUUAUUGUUUGGUUGUGGUCUCUCUUUACCUUUUUUAUGUUCUGGUAAUAGUACUUUCAAUGCAUGGUCACAUUUUAUGAUUCAUAUUUUUUUGUUUUGUUUUUCUAUACAUUGACCUGUGAAAAUCCAAUGUAAUCUUUCUGUAGUAAAGAUGUUACCCUGCUGUACUUGAAUCAUGUGCUGUAGCUCAUUGGAUGCUGCUUUUGUUCCUUUUUUUAACCCUAUACGGAGCAUGGUGGGCCUUGCCUUCAGUCUAUGUUGUUUAUUUUGUGUUGCAUGGAUUUGAUACUAUUACUAGAAAGCCAACAAGAGAGAUUUAAAGGGAAAAAAAACACCAAUUACUAAUUUUCAAUAAAGAAUAUAGUGUUUUUCCUAACCUUCAGUGUGCUUCUUGCUGAUUUCCAUUUAUUGUCCUCCUUCUACUCCCCCCCCCUCCACCCCCGCCCAACCUCCUCUCCUGCUGUGACAAAAGAUAGAUGAUUUUCCACGCUUCCUUCCAUCACAGGGCCCCACACGAAUCUAUCUGCUUUCAUUCGUGGUGGUCGUCACCUCCCCCCCACCUUCGAGAUGUUUGAAAAAAAAUGUGCUGCUCGUGCUACCAGCCUAAACUUGACCUUUUGACCGACUGUAACAAGGUCAUUUCCUGUCUGCCGCCUGGCUGCAGUUAUGAGCUCUGACCCUUUAUGAUGUGUUUCAAAAUAUACAAUUUUUUUCCACCCUAAAUGUUAAAUACAUUGAAAAACGUCACUCCAUCGCCUCAUAGGGCUAAGCAAUCCUUUAGUCUUUAUGUUUUUGCCACACAAAACUUACUGAAACCAUAUGUGAUGUGUUUAAAAAAAAAAAAAGGCGCUGAUGCACAAGAAAGCCUGCAGAGUCUCGACUGUCUGCAUACACCGCUUGCCAAAUAGUUGUGGCUGGGAUUAGUUUAUAUAUUUAAAAAAUAUAUUUCCACUAACUGUGAGUGUUUGAGAGAGAGAGAGCAAAUCAUUGUAUAUGCUCAUAAUAUACAGGACAUGUUUAAAAAGAAGCAAAAUAUGGUGGAACCUUUUUUGUCCUGAUUUUUGUGAAUUCAUCUGUUCCAGACACAAACUGUGGUCGUCAGGCGAUGUUUUAAUUAGCAUUUGAUCAUUUUUAACUGUCAUACAAGUGGGGGAAAAAGGAAGUUAAACUACCGUUUAUAACCAGCCAUGAGAUUCCCUUUUACCAAUAUUGCGUGCAGACUGUUGAAUUACUGUAGCUCUUUUGCAGCCUAGACAGUGAUGCAUGUACCUAACGACUGUGUGACUUAUUAGCAUAGGCCACCAAGCUGAUGCUCUGUACAUUACAUGCACUAGCAGUGGAUUAUCAUUAUCUUAAUGUUAUUGUUGCCAUAUUGUACUAAGUAGCCAGGACAACCGUUUUUGUUACCCUUCACAAAAAAGGCCAAAUGAAAAGCAAAGCAUUGUCGUUAACGUACAAAUUGCACAACCUUUAGCGUAUAUGAAUGUUAAAGGUUCCACUGUAGUUCUAUGCGUCAUCCGCUCCGGUUCCAAGAACGGGAAGGGAUUCCGAAAUGACUGAUUUCCGUGCAGCUUGUGGUAACCAUCAUUGUCCCACCCCCACAGAAGUGUUUGUCACCGUAGGAUCCCAAUUCACCCGGCAACAGCAGCAGCAGCACAGCCAUGCUACCUCUUGCCGCCACUUCCAGCUAGGCCCCCAGGCCACGCUGCCCAUGGACUUCCCCAUGCCCCACCCGGGCCAGCCUCAGUCAGGCAUCAACCCCCACCUGGCCCCGCCCGGCCACCAGCACGGACCCCCGCUACACCACCCGCCCCUCAACCCCAUGCCCGCCCCCCAAUUCCAGGAUAUCCCCGCCCCUCCCUUCCUACCUCAGGCAUUACACCAGCAAUACCUCCUCCAGCAGCAGAUCCUUGAGGCUCAGCACCGACACAUCCUGCCACCCAACAGCAGACGUACCCCAGAGAGAGUUCCUCACCAGCCCCACAGACUGCGCCCAGGCUACGAGUUCGCCCCACCUCUGCACGUCCCCCCUCAGCCGGUGGUGCAGCAGCCACGCUACCUGGCUGAGGGCACUGAUUGGGAUCUAAGUGUGGACGCAGGACUCCCCCCACACCAAUACCACAUCCACCCACUGCCACAGCACUAUCAGCACUACCUGACCUCUCCCAGGAUGCACCACUUCCCCAGGAACAACACCUCAACACAAGUGGUCGUACACGAGAUCCGGAACUAUCCGUACCCUCAGCUGCAUCUGCUGGCGCUGCAGAGCCUCAACCCCUCCCGUCACGCAUCGGCUGUAAGGGAGAGCUAUGAGGAGCUUUUGCAGCUGGAGGACCGACUGGGCAGCGUAAACCGUGGAGCAGUCCAAACCACCAUAGAGAGAUUCACUUUUCCCCACAAGUACAAGAAGAGGAUCCCCCAGGACCUGAAGAUGUGCCUGGAUGACGAGGAGCUAGACACGGAUGAGAAGUGCACCAUUUGUCUGUCCAUGUUGGAGGAUGGCGAAGAUGUCAGGAGAUUACCCUGCAUGCACCUCUUCCACCAGGCGUGUGUGGACCAAUGGUUGGCCACCAGCAGGAAGUGCCCCAUAUGCAGAGUGGACAUUGAAACCCAGCUCAACCCUGACAGUUGACACCCACAGCCUCACAUCCCACAAUCCUCCACUAUCUCCUCCUUGUGACAGGGAGGGGGCAUGGUAGGAUCAACAAAGCACACACCUACACACACACACACACACGCACGCACGCACGCACACACACACACGCAGGCAGGGAUGGGGAUCACUCAAUUUAAGACUGGCUGACUAAGUGGAUGUAAAAGAAAGGCAAAAGUAGACAUGAUGCUGCACAUGUGUACAGAACAUGACACAAAACCAUUAGCAUGAGGUUGUUUGGUGUGUGUCCUGAUCCAGUAUUUACCAGAGUAACAGUGUUGUGUAGCAAUGGAGAGACCAUGUUCGUGGGCGGCUAUAGCGCUGAUCUAAACCUUUCACAGCCGACUUUUGUGUAAAAAGGCCAAAAAUAAUGACAAUUGAAAACAAACCCUCCCCCCCCUCUCUCUCUUUCUCGCUCUCUCUCUGUGUUGUGGUUUUCUUUUGGAUUUAGACGCCAUCGAUGCUAAUGCGGCUAACUGCAGGCAUGGCUUCCAGUGAUGUGUGUUGUGUCGUAGCGGGAGGGGAGGGGUUGCCCUCGCUAGAUUACACCAACGGGUGUACAUCUGUGUGUGCGUGCCAGGCUUUUUGGACUGUGUUGUCAACGUGGAGCAAGUAGAAGCAGGGACCUGUCUAGUGUGCAUGUCACCCACUCAUCCACAGGAGGAGAGUGGCAGGUGGUCCACCAAACCUAAUCCUCCUCCUUUACACACACACACACACACACACUCACUCACACCAAAGUUGCCCUUAGACACUGACCUCUGACCUGAGCCUUGUCUAACAGCAACGCCGCCAUCUUGCCUCGCUCGCCACAGGCAUGAGUGACAUUUCUCAGAACCUUAUUGCCUAACAAACAAGCACAUUUAUUAUCAUUACUAUUAUUUUACAGUGAUUCUCCUUUCCCAUUUCAGUACAGGGGGUAAAACCCCCCACAAACUAUUUCGCCUGCCUGUGUUUGAAUGUGUGCGUUAGCCCCGCCCCCUCCUGUCCUUCCUUGUGUGUGUGAUGUCGUGAAGGAGGGUGAAAGGGAUAAGAAGCCAUCCAUUUAACAACAACAAACAACCAAACAAUUGUUCGUAAUGUUGUCUUUUCAUAUGUUUGUAUGCCAUUAUUAUUAUUUUUUAAAUUCACAUGCCAAUUAUUUGGGACAUGGUACUAAUAACACACGCUGUCACCGUGAAGAUAAAGAGCUGCAAUGCUGCAAAAAAGCAUAUUUAUAUAUUUGUCAUGUAGCUUGUGUUCAUGUAAAUGCACUAUAAUAUGGAGUUGCCUGUUUUUUUUUUUAUUUAAUUUAAUUUUUUUUGUUUGGUUUGGUGGUGUGUGUGUGUGUGUGGCUUCUUCUUGUCUUCAGAGUUUUGCUGUUUUGGUUCGAUUCCAAGUAUUUUCAUGCUUUCUUGUGUGUGUUAUUUACCAAGGAGUGUUAGAGCCACACUGAAAAGAAGGUGAACAAAUCUUGAUAGAAAAAGUAGUAAAGUUCCAAAAAUAAAACAGUAAUAUUAUGUGGGAAAGAGCGGAGGGCGGGGGUUCUGCGAGAAUAAAGUUAUAAUAUCAUACAAAUUAUGAGAAUAAAGUUUUACAUAUUAUGAGAAAAAUAUGUAAAAUUAUGAGAUUAUGAUGAUUUUUUUUUUUUAUUUCCGAGCAAAAAAGACCCCGCAUUUUAGUACAAUUAAGUCAUAAUUUUGGGCAAUGAAGUCCUAAUAUUACCUGAAUAAAGUUGUAAUAUUACAAGAUUUAAAGAAUAUUUAAAUAUUAUGAGAAUAAAUAAUUUGGGGAUAAAGAAUUUGUCAUUUUAUGCUUUUUUUUUGGAACAUCACAGCUUUAUUCUUGUAAACAUUUUUAUUGUUAAUGGUGGGAUUUUUUCCCUCCAAAUUAAGCAUUUAUUCUCAUAAUUGUCUGACUUUCUGGUAAAAUGAUGAAUUUACUGUCAUACCAUUCUGAUUUUAUUCCCUCUCAUAAUAUUACAACUACUCCCAAAAUUGUGAUUUGAGCCUCAUACAAUUCUGUUAACAUUACAGGUUCAUUCUUGUAAAAUGACAGCUUUAUUCUGGUAAUAUUUGGAAAUAUUUUCUCUCACCAAAUGUGACUUCAUUUUUGUGUCUCAAACAUUUUUACCUUGCAGUUUUCCGUGCAAAAUUAAGACUACAAUCUUGAAACAUUUCAACUGUAUUCUCAUAAAAUUACACGUUUGUCUUUGUGAUAUUACGACUUUAUUCUGGCAAAAUGACGACUUUAUUGUUGCAACAUUUCAACUCAAGUAUCGUAUUGUGUUGUUUUUUUUUCUUUUCACUGUGUGCCAAACAUUCCUUGGUCGUUAUUGAAUGGUAAACUUAACCGUGUUGCAUUAUUCUUUUCCCUCUCAUGUGAGACCUCCAUCCAAAAACAAAACAAAAAAAUGUGCUGAAAUAAUGGAGGUUCUGCUAGUUCACAUAGAAUGCUGUGAUUUUAAAGAUGCCUUAAGUAUUUAACAAUCAUUAUUUAUUACUAACUGUAGCUAGCUAGCUAUUGUGGUGGAAUAUUUAAUGUCUCUAUCUCAUAACUUUGCAAUUUAAUCGAUAUAUUUAUUUAAAAUAAGACAAAAUAUUACAAAAAAAACAAUACCUCAUUAUGCAUUGGUCGGUGGGGAUGCAUCUGCAUGCCGUCUGUCUGUGUGUGUGCGUGUGCGUGCGUGUGUGUGUGUGUGUGUGUUUUUUCUUCUGCAAAGAGGAAAUUAGUUGACUGGGUGUGUGUGUCUCCCAGUCCAAUUUGAAGCCAGCAUGGUGCUGUUGAUGGAGAUGACAUUCCCUUUAGUUUCACUUGCUUUGAUCGGAGCCUGUCUUUGUCUUAGUAACUGCUCCACAAAUAGCUCGCUUGUUUUUUUUGUUUUUUUUUGCCAUACGAUGCUGCUUUCACCUCCCAUAAUCAAUCAUUUCCAUCAUAUCUUGGAUCUCUGCUUAUUCUUCCUUUAGAGGCCACAUUGUUGUUGAGCUGUGUUGCUGAUGUAUUGCUGGCUAUUUGCUUUGUGAACGUAGGGGGAUGUAUCUUACUUAACAUUGCUAACUUGAGCCAUUGAUCUUAUUGAGCAAACUGUGGUGAUACCAAUAUAAAUGGAGUUGUGGAUAUAAUAAGCUAACUUUUGCGUGUGCUUUUCCUUUCAAUACUAAUCCUGCAAAUAAUUCUUUUAAAACAAGGGACAAUUGGAAUUGACUGAAGCUGGCUUUACUAUUUAUUAUUAUUAUUAUUAUUAUUAUUAUUAUUAUUGUUUGUUUAUAAUUUUUAUUAUUAUUUUUGUGCUCUCACUGGCCUUAUACCCACCCUGCGCCCGCCACAGUGUACCCCGUUUGCUCCAGAGCCAACUGGACCGUAGCCAUAGUAUUAACUCAAGCUGAUGAACCGGAAUGAACAGUAGAAACUUUUAAAGCACAAGCUUUUUAAAUGCAUGUCCUUCUCAGGUUUUCCUAUGUGUAUGUGGGAGUAGCUCUGUUAGAUGUGUUUAAUAUGAUGCUGUACCUUCUUGAAUAUUUCUUUCUUUGCUGCUGAGAAUACAAAAAAAACAAGAAAAAACAAUGUUAUUAACCUGCCAGUGAAAAAGGGAAGUGGCCAUCUUUGUACAACAACACUGCUGUUUUGCUGUAACCGCGCAAUGUUUUAUGAUCUUGAGUAUUUUAUAGAAAAGUAGAAGUAUGUAUCAAUAAUAUGAAAGCAAUAGCGAAAUCAUAAUGAAGAAUAACAUGAUCAGUGAAUAUUGUGGAGAAAAAAAAACCUUUAGAUUCACUCUGGGUGGAUUUUGUACUGUAUUUAUUACUAAUGACAAUGCAAAAAGUUGCAUAGCUUAACCCAAACUGUUCUGUCUCUUUUUUAUUUAUUGUCUUGUAUAUGAUCUUUUUGUAUGUGUUUUUCAAAUAAAAUGCUUAAAAUGCUAAUGACAAUGCAGUUUGUGUGG